AUGCUGCGGGUAGAUUUUACUGCAGAGUUGAUCUUUGAAGAUUCUCCCAAUAUACCGACACCCGAGCAAGUUUCGUUCGUCAUGGAGCAGCUGAACUACGUGGACUACAUCACACAACAUGUCUGGACGCUAAAUGCUCAAAACAGCAUAUUCCGAAACUCGCACAGUGUCCGAUUCGCCGGAAGCGAGGCAGUGUUGGUGAAAUCGAGAAUGCUAUUCACGGUAGGAAGCGAUCGUUCCGGUGCAGACCCAAAUAUCGACGAUCGAGAUGGCUUGACGCAGCAAGUCAAUCGCUUCUUCCUCGACUCAUUGAGGCUUGCCGGGUUCCGAGUGUUAUCGGUUAAUGCACACAUUCAUGCCGAAGAUAUUGAGAUCAUUCAGAUUGGAUCGGUUCAGGUCAACUUUGAUGCGGCCGUCGUUUUCUCGAAAGAGGCGCCGAUUCCAUCUGAGGAAGAAGUGACUAGAGCAAUCCAGUCCUUAGAUUUGGAAGUGCUAAGGACUCAAUACCUUGGAUCAGGAGGGCCAUUGGGAACGUCUGUUUUCAGCGACCCCUUUGCAGUUGUCUUCGUCUGGCCUUGA